AUGCCUUCGGAACAAGGUCACAGACUCUAUGUCAAGGGUCGUCACCUGAGCUACCAGCGCUCCAAGCGCGCUGUCAACCCCAACACCAGUCUGAUCCAGAUCGAUGGUGUCGACAGCACCGAGGCCGCAAACUUCUACUUGGGCAAGAAGGUCGCUUUCGUCUACCGGGCGAAGCGUGAGGUUCGGGGUUCCAACAUCCGGGUGAUCUGGGGCAAGGUCACCCGCCCUCACGGCAACUCCGGUGUCGUCCGCGCUCAGUUCCGCCACAACCUCCCCCCCAAGUCCUUCGGUGCUACUGUCCGCGUCAUGCUGUACCCCUCCAACAUCUAA